CCUUGAGAGACCUUGGCAGAUAUAGAAACAGCAAACUCCCGUCCUCUUAAAAUGACAAAUGAAAGUUACAUUUGCAGUGUUAAUCUCAGACUUCAUCACGUAUGUUCCCCUGGGGCACGUCUUUAUAGUGAAAAUUGCCUGUACUUACUGGUCGAAUUAUUUAACACACCGAAAAGAACUGAAAUGAUAUUACCCUGCUUUCCUCUGCUAGUCGAUAAGAGCCUUGUAUUCACGAAGUUGUUACAUCUUGAAAAAAGUCCCUCUACCUUGUACGAUAUUUUGAAAAAUUGUAAUAUAAGAGUAGAACUUCGUGAGGAUCCCCUUGAUUCAACAUCAAUAAAGCUCUUAGCGUUUUACUUACAUAAUGCUUGGAGAUUUUUGGUCGGACCAUAUUACAAACGAAUACACAGCAUUGUCACAAGAGAAAUAUUUCUCAGGAGAACAGUUGACUUCAAAGGUCCUCCCAUCAGAAUGAAGAUAACAGCUGAAACAACUAUUCAAAAAGUUCCCGUGAAAACAUUUCAUCAGUUGACUGGUGAAUCAGUUGAUUCUUACUUCGUGCAUCCUGAAAGCAGCUACCUUACGGAUCUACCGACUCAAAGGUCACCUACUUGUCGAAACUGUUCAGAUAAUGCCGAAUCUCUAGUCACUUCCUGGGAUGAAACUACUAUGGAAAGAACAAACCCGAAGGUGAAAAGAACAAAAGUGAAAUGGAAUCCUGUAGAACUUUUAGUGACGUCAUCAUCGUUCAGGUCGAAAAAUAAUGAAGAUUAUGGGGAAAUCAUUUAUCCCGCCGAUAGACUGAAAUCAUCUGGUCUGGUUUUAAUUGAAGGAAAAUAAAUUUGGUUGAUAUGACAAAAAUGAGUGAUACUACUAACAGACUACUUAAUUGACAUAUCAGUAGUGUACUGAAUAUGUUUAUCUAAAUUAGUAGGAUUUUACUCAUCGUUUUAUGCGACC